AUGGCGCUGCCCUGGGGCAGCCGGGACCCCCACCGACGGGGCUCCCGGCCCUGGAAGGGGCUUCUUCUGACAGUUGUCUUUCUAAUGGCCUGGAUCCCACCGGCCCCAGCCCUGAUGAACAUCUUAGUCAUCCCGGAGCCACCAGCCCAGGGGGACAACGUCACCCUGUUGGUUCGAGGCCUCCCAGGGGAGCUUCUGGCUUACAACUGGUACCGGGGGACGAACCUCAACCAGGCCCACCUCAUCCUGAGCUAUAUCAUCAGCACAGCAGACGAGACCCCCGGGCCAGCCUACACCGGCCGCGAAGCUGUCCGCCCGGACGGGAGUCUGACCCUCCGGGAUGUGGUCCCUGAGGACUCGGGCAGCUACAUCCUGCAGACCCUGAACAAGCAGUUCCAGACCGACAUCGCCUACGGCCACCUCCUAGUCCAUGUUCCAACCUGGCUGGGCUGGACCAAGGCCAGAAAGAGGGAGAGGCAGGGAGCCCACUGGCCUUUCUGUUGUCUCAGGCCUCUCCACAUCGCAGUAGCCCAGGGCAACCUUCUGGCAGUGCAGCGCCUGGUCCAGCUCUUCCAACAAGGGGGGAGGGACCUGGACGUCUACAAUAACUUAAGGCAGACACCCCUCCACCUAGCCGUCAUCACUACCCUGCCCUCGGUGGUGAGGCUCCUGGUGUCUAGGGGGGCCAGCCCCAUGGCCCUGGACCGAAAUGGCCAGACAGCAGCUCACUUGGCCUGUGAACACCGGAGCCCCAGCUGCCUGCGGGCCCUGCUGGACACCUCAGCCCCUGGGGCACUGGGCCUGGAAGCCAGGAACUAUGAGGGGCUGACCCCCCUCCACGUGGCUGUCAACACAGAGAACACGGAGACCGUACUGCUGCUGCUGGACCGAGGAGCAGACAUUGAUGCCGUGGACAUCAAGAGUGGCCGCUCCCCGCUCAUCCAUGCUGUGGAAAACAACAGUUUGAAUAUGGUGCAGCUGCUGCUCCAGCACGGCGCCAACGUGAACGCUCAGAUGUACUCGGGCAGCUCUGCCCUGCACUCAGCCUCCGGCCGAGGCCUCCUGCCGCUGGUCCGAACCCUGGUCCGCAGCGGGGCUGACAGCAGCCUCAAGAACUGUCACAACGAUACCCCUCUCAUGGUGGCUCGGAACCGACGGGUCAUUGACAUCCUGAGGGGGAAAGCUUCCCGCUCUGGCCCCCAGCCUGCCCUGGGACCAGCAGAGCCCACCCAAGAUGGAAGCGCCCCCGUGUCCCCCGAAGGUAGCAGCCAGUUAGGAUCUAGUGGCCCACCUUCAGCAUCUCCGGCUUCGUCCUCGCCACCCCGCUCUCCCCCUGAGGAUCCCCCCACCUCGCUCCAGGGCCCCCAGAUAUUCUUCCUGCCCACCCAGUCCCCAACAGCGUUUCUUCCCUACCCCGGGCCGCUCCGAGUCCCCGGCCGGCCGGUCCCCCCAUCCCCUGCCCCCGGUGGGAGCUGAGGGAAGAGGGGGGAAGGUCUCUGUCCUAAAGGGAAGGGCCCCUGGAAAACUGUGAAGGGCACAUGUCCCCCCUCCUACCAAGACUCACAGGACCAAGAUUUGCACACACCUCAUCCCUGCCCCUCUGCAAGGGAAACGGGGCGUCUGGCUGGCAGUGCCCCCACCUGCCCUGCUCCUUGUCCCCCCGACGCCCUUUGUCCGAGAUACCUCUCCGGGGCUCUGGCUCGUGCCAGCUCCCUGGGGCUGAAGACAAUGUAAAUUAUUGGGGAUUUCGGUUUACUUUUGUAAUAAACUAUUUUUGUAUCAUA